GGAAGGUUCACUUUUGGUCACCAUACUCGGCCAUGGACAGGGACACGAACAGGAGGGAAACGGAAAGCCGAGACGCAGAGAAUGCCAAUGACAGCCGGCCGCCAGUUUCCCCGAGCCCGGAGCCGCGCCGUUCUUAUGGCAACCAUCCAGCCGGUGACGGGCAUCAGUUUCCAAACGCUGCAUCGAGCUCCAGGGAGACGCCAGAUAACCACGUUUUCUGCGUCGAGCUACAAGCUCUGGAAAUGGGGCAACUCGUUCCUUUUCUGACCUGGAAGGCGGCGGAGGUCUGGAGUCCUCAUCAUGUGAAAAUGCCCUUUUCAAACCGCAGCGUGCAGACCAAGACAAGGGCAGGAGUGUAUCAUACAGAGGUGAAACGCUGGGAUGUAGUCAAAGGAGUUCUGGGCAAGGCCAAGUUUGAAUCCUCGAAGGAUUUGGAGAUGCGCAGUGCAGAACGAGAGUGCACACUGAGACGUCUGCUCCCAGACAUGGCGACACUGGCCCUGAAGUUGCCAGAGCUGUGCUCCAAGCCCACCGCUCCUGAGGCGAGGAAUUCCCCAGGCUGUCAGCAUGUCCCAGCAGCAAAUCUCCUGCCUCCUGGCGAACGCUUUCUUCUGCACUUUUCCCCACCGCAACAGCACGCAGUCCAACUCGGAGUACAGCACAUUCCCGGACAUCAACUUCAGCAGGCUGUUUGGAAACUCAUCACCGAGGUUGACUGAAAAGCUGAAGACUAUUUUCUGCUACUUCAGCCAAGUGACAGAAAACGUUCCCUUUGGACUGGUGACAUUCCAAAGAUGUUGCAUUCCAGGACCGAUUCAAUGGAAGAGGUUAGUUCAUUUUUUUUUGUGGGGUGGGGGGGUCACAAUGUUCCUGCUUUGAUGGUCUUUAACUCGGAGUCACACCCAAUGUCAGUUUAUAAUCAGAGUAUUACAGGACCCUUCUCUCUUCUUAUGUCAAUUCAAUUCAAUUCUCAUUCGAGCACGCACCCAAUUCCCUUUUGAAAGUCACCCUGAAGUCUCCCUUUAGGAGAAAAACCAUCAUUUUGAGCUGAAGGACAGGAUAGCUCAACGCAGUGGCUCACAGGGCUGCCUCCACAGCGCCAGAGACCCGGGUUCGAUUCCACCCUGCUUCCCCCCCCCCCCCACAAUG